AUGCAAGAUAGUGUAUCGGAAAUAGCUUUAAAAUUUUACAGAAAUACAACAAAAGCUACCAUUCUUGAAACACCAGUUUAUACAUUCGUUUUAGCGUGUAUUGGUUUUACAUUAUUAAUAUGUUUAACGGUAGUUGGCAACACAUUUGUACUACUAGCUCUUUAUCUUGAUAAACGCUUACAUUCAACAUCAUAUUAUUUAAUUGCCAAUAUGGCCACAGCUGAUCUUCUAUUAGGAUUAGCCGUAUUACCAUUUUCAUCGGUAUUAGAAAUUCUAAAUGGAAAAUGGAUAUUCGGUACAAGUUUUUGUACAGCAUGGUUAGCACUCGAUGUUUUAUGUUGUACAGCAUCUAUUAAUGCAUUAAUGGCCAUAUCGAUUGAUCGUUAUAUUGGUGUUACACGUCCAUUAAUUUAUUCACAAAUAAUGACGAUAAAACGAACAAUUAUAUUGAUUAUAAUUGUUUGGGCUGCGUCUACAUUGACAUCUGUUGUACCAUUAUUUGGUUUGACAGAUCCAUGGAAAAUGGAGCCACCACUGCCAAACAAUGAAACAUCAAAUUUAUCAUCAAUGCUCAGUUAUCCACUUAAUCGAUGUGAAGUGAAUAAAGAUGCUUUGUACAGUAUAUUGUCAUCUUUAAUAUCAUUUUAUAUUCCUGUUAUUAUUUUACUUAUAUUAUAUUCACGUGUUUAUCAAGAAGCAAAUAAACAAUCUAAAAAAUUAGAAAAUGAUAAACGUCGAAUAUAUAAUAUUGAUUAUCAAAUAGCAUCAUCACAAGUACAAAUGGCAAAACAACAAAAUAUAUCAUCAGAUGAUUCUGAUCAUAUUCAACAACAUCAUACGAGUUUAAAAUUAGCUCAAAAUAAAAAACAAAAAGAACGACGUCGGUCAUCAUUACAAAUGAUAAGGUUUAGUUUAAAUGGUGAAGAACAAACAACUUCUCUGUUAAAUAACAACAAUAGUAAUAAUAAUAUUUUGCAUGAACAACACGAUGGUGAUGAUGGAAGUAUGCAACGAACAAUAACAGCAACUGAUGGAUCAAAUAAGUCUCCGAACUUAAAAAAUCAUACUACUAACGACACAUCGUAUAAUAAUUCACGUCCACAUCCAAAUCCUUCAGCUAGUCGUCCUAUCAACAAAUGUCCAUCGACAAAUUCAGAACGCGGUGGUAGUGGUAACGCAUUUAUAUCACAGAAUGAUGAACUAUUAAUUAUCAAACGAAAAUUACAUAAUUUAAAACGUGAACAGAAAGCAUUUCGUACAUUGGGACUUAUACUUGGGGCACUUCUCAUAUGUUGGCUACCAUUUUUUGUUACUUUGCCUACAAUUGCUAUAUUGAAAGCUCUAGGUAUGAGAAUUAAUGAAAAUACAUGGUUUAAAAUAACAUUUUGGUUGGGCUACUGUAAUUCAGCAUUGAAUCCGUUUGUUUAUGCAUUCUCAAAUCGUGCUAUCCGACGUUCAUUUCAACAUGUAUUAUUUCGAAAAAUUUGUUGCUGUACUCGUUUGUGUUGUUGUUGUUCAACAUCACUUUGUCAACAAAAACGGCAAAAAUUUUCACCGAAUAAUCUAAAUAAUUCGAUAACAACGCAAACAUCAAUAAAUACGACUCGACUAGAUAGUAUAUUGACACACGACCAUGUUCCAACUAUGAAAUCGAAUGGUACACUGAAAACAAAAAUAUCAUCACCACCGACUCAACCAAGUCAUGUGUCAUUUGCUGAAAUGUUGGCCGCUGGAGAUGAUGAUGCUCCACGUGAAACAGAUGAUGCAUCAUACAAAUUAAAUCACAAAUCGUUAACCGUACCAUCGAAAAAAAAACGUCUAAAAAAAUUUUUGCAUAUACAAGAGCAAGAGUAA